UCCGAAGGCAAGACCGUCACAUCUCACAUAGCUCUCGCCGAGCCUGGAGGACUCUCAUAAAACCCCAGCUUUCGUCGACCGCAUAGGCUGGGUCCUUUGAAGGAUGCAGACCCGAAUUGGGACACAACUAAUGACACAAUCCGAUGAGUAGACGUCAUCAGGGAACCGGAAGUUUACAAACCAAAGCACUCAAGCUAGCGAAAAGAGAAGCCCUUCGCCAGUUGGUGAUAUAAUUCGCACAAUUUUAGGCAAAUACCACCGAAAAUAAGAAGGAAAGAUGGUCUGCGAGAAGUGUGAGAAGAAGCUUGGUAGAGUCAUCACUCCUGACACUUGGAAAGAUGGAGCACGGAACACGAUUGAGAGUGGCGGUCGCAAGCGGAAUGAAAACAAGUUGCUUACUUCCAAGAAAGCCAGGUUUGACCCUUACAGCAAGACGGGCUUUGCUACAUGCAGGAUCUGUAAGAGCUCUGUUCAUCAGUCUGGAUCUCAUUAUUGCCAAGGCUGCGCCUACAAGAAAGGAAUCUGCGCAAUGUGUGGCAAGAAAGUUCUGGAUACCACAAACUACAAGCAGACAUCAGUGUGACGAACACGCUGUGACAGGCGUAUGUUUGUCACCUGUUUUCCCAAUGUCAUGUGAUACAACCCUUUGAUACUUUGCUUUUUGUGACUGAGAGCGAGAGAAAGCAGGAUUGUAGUCUCGUGGUCUCAUUACAUUAUUGAAUGGAUCUAUUAGGAUGAAACUAACUACACCUCAUGUUUCUUUAGUUGAGCCUGUCCUGUUAUUUUUAUUCUUUCUGAUUUAAUGUGUAUAUCAAGUGGUUCUAUUUUUUGAGUAAACUGAAAUAGUCAGUCUAAAAAUGGAAGCCUUAUUUCAUUCAUGACAGAAACCCUGUUGAAUGCCCGAGUGAAAAUCUGCAAAGUCUGACGCCCCUUUGAGCAAUACAUGCAGUAUGGCAACUGUGUUACAUCAUAAAGCACCAAAGUAGACUGCAGUUGAAUAUUAUGAGUACCGUAUUUCCUCUAGUAGUGGUCCAGCGCCUGUCUGUAUUGUGUCUGUGUGUCAGGGCUACACAGUGGAGCAUGUCACUAGCAUAAGGGAGCACUCGUGUGUGUUUUUCAACCCUUUCAUUCGCAUUUUGCUCCUGAAAAAAGUCCAUACAAAGUGAAUUAAACUGGAGUCAAAUUUUCACUCAUCUAUAUAUAAAUGUACAAGUCUCCUACAGCUUUUCUUUGUUCACAUCGGUAACUCUCGCAUUGACGCAUGAUGACGUCCCAGCCGCACAAGAUGCUCGUGUAGCUAACUAGCUAUGGUCUCAGCUGGAUACUGGAGCGAUACAGGAAAGAUGACUGAGUGCUGUGCCACUCAUGCGCUAAAAAUACUUCUUUUUUUUUGUUUAUAUGCAUCGUAACUCUGCUCUGAAUUCCCGUGCGGUAUGCAUUAAAAGAUGCGAUGAA